UGACAUGCAAAUUAAUACAAACGAAUGUUUACAGAGCAAAAACAGUUGUAACAGAAAUUCGAAAGUACAUAUUUGUUUUAAGUCAUCAUGGUUUGGCUAUUCUUUCAAUUAUUUUUGUAUAUAUUACAACUAUAGAAUAAAGUGGCAUAACAAAGGAGCUAUGCCAUAUCGUAGAGUACAAUGCGCAUAUAGUUUAGGAUAAAGUAAAUUUCUUUUGGAGUCUUAGCUUGUUGAGGCCAUGCACCAAUCUCAAACUAAUGGUAUCUCAAUUCUAUAUAAAAUGUAGUGUUUUAGGAAACUUUGUUUAUUUAAUUUAAAAAUUGAGUACUAUCAGAAAAGUAAAGAGGUCUAUUUGUGUAAAGUAAAAAACUGUUGAAGAUCCUUACGCAACUCGGGAACGCAAUGUACUAACGGAGGCUAUCGACCUUCCCACAGUUACUUGAAAUAACUGUUAAGUUGUUGGAAAUAACUUGGUAUCUUGAAUCGCGCAGGGUGUCCGCCCGUCCGCCGCGGCCAGUCAGCUUCGUUCGUCAGACUCGAUUACAACGAACAUCAACCCGUUAUACAAUCCCGCUAAUCCGUGUCCACUAACAUUUUUACACAAAAAUGAGUGCUAAAUAUACUUUUUUCAUUUACUACCUUUUAACGGCUUGUCAUGUUAAAACUAUUUCAUACGAUCAGCGGCAAACGGGUGAAUUUAAUGUUCAAGUUGAUGUUAAGGAUGUGCAAAUUAUUGCUCUUAUGAAAGGUGGCAAAGAGGAGUAUGUGGACUACGACUACGCCUAUGAUUAUUCAGAGAUGACAAUAAAACCACAAAAUCGAACGACGCCGAAACCGACGACAACCAACGGUACAAGUGCGACAACAGAUUCAAUACGAGAUAAAACUACAAUAGCCACAACGGUGCUCGUAGAGCGCACGAUUUCGCCUUCCAACAUCUCGGAGACAUUCAAAACAACACUUGCGGAUGUAACAACUAUAAAAAGUACAGUUGAGAUUAGCAAUGUAACUGAAAGUGCGACAACGAAUAAAAAGAACGUGACUACAACAUCCGAACCUACAAUUACUGGAUGUAAAAAAGGAUUCGUUUUAAAUCAAAAAGGGGAAUGUGAACUUAAAUUACAAGGAACAGGAAAUGCGUUGCUUAAGCUUGUAAAACUUUCACAAAAGCUAAAGUUAAGAAGAGAAAAUAAAAGUAAGACAGAAGAUGAUUAGCAGAAGAUGCCAUAGGGAACAAAAUCCAUACUGUAAAAGUUUUAAGAUCAGAAGAUUGAAAUAAAUAUUAAAAAUGUCCAAGACUGCUAAUUAAUUUGUAAUUUUUAUUCAUUUUUCCUUUUGUGCAUAAGUGAGGUAAUAAGUACAAAAUAUCAGCGUGUGGCUCUUUAAUAUCAUAUUUGUGUGCAAUUACAAUUUUGUGCAUCAAUAAAUGUUUGGAAUUAGUAUUUGGUGU